GGGGGUGUUAGAGGUGAGAAAAUGAAAUGAGAGAAGAUGAAAGAGGAAACAAAGACAUUGAUGGAGGCGCAUACUACAGACAGGUAGGGUCAGAGCUUCAAUCAAUGGGGUCCAUGACUCCAUCCAUGGCUUCUCUCUCUUUCUCUUUCUUUCCCUAAUUUCACCACCACCACCAAACCUAACUUUCUUUCCUUUACUCUUUUUAUCUCAAACACAAAAUUUCUUUCCCAUUUCCUUCAAUUUCCAUUUCUGUAUCUCCCCUAUCUGAUUCUUUCGCCAUACCCUUUCUUUUCAAUUAACCCUCUCUUAAACCCCUCUUUUCUCUUCUGGGCUUUCGGAAAAAAUAAGAAAGUCACAAGCUUUUUCAAUGCAGGGUGUUGUUUUGGGUGAUGGUGGUGGUGGAGCUCUUUCCAGAGCUUCAUCUGCAAGUGGGUCGAUCUCUACUGUGUCUAAAGAUGACAAUUUGGUUUUCUCUUCUGAGGAUUCUUCUUGCCCAGAUGAGUCUGAGCUCGAAUUGGGUCUUGGGUUGAGCCUUGGAAGUAGUUGUAGUGGUGUGAAAGCUCAACAAAAUUUGAGAGGUCAAUAUGCUAGGAUCUUGACUGCUAAGGAUUUUCCUUCAGCUUCUUCUUCUUCUUCUCCAUCAUCGUUAUCUUCAUCAUCUUCUUCUUCAUCAUCAUCUCCUUCCUCUUUGAGCAGAGCUAAUGUUUCUGCUGGUACCAAGAGAAGUGCUGAUUCUGUUGCUAAUGGCGCCAGUCAAGUUGUGGGGUGGCCUCCAAUCAGAACUUACAGAAUGAAUAGCUUGGUUAACAACCAUGCGAAAUCGCCACUCAAUGAAGGAUUCAGCUCCAUUGAUGAAGAGAAUAGAUGUAUGAAUAAAGUGACUGGGAAGGCGGAUAAUGGAGAUGACAAGAAGAAUGGAAUUUCUAAGGAGAAUGGUAAUAAUCUCAGGAGUUCUAUGUUUGUGAAGGUGAAUAUGGAUGGAAGUCCAAUUGGUAGGAAGGUUGAUCUGAGUGCUCAUAAGAGCUAUGAAGCCUUGGCGCGGACAUUGGAAGACAUGUUCAAUGAGCCGACCGCAGCUGUCAAACUGAGAUCAAGUGGGAAGGACCACGAUAAACGAGUAGGAGGAGCUGGACUUUCAAAGCUGUUGGAUGCAUCAUCCGAGUAUGCUCUUACAUACGAAGACAAAGACGGGGAUUGGAUGCUUGUUGGAGAUGUUCCUUGGGGGAUGUUCUUCAACUCGGUGAAGAGGCUAAGAAUUAUGAGGACAUCUGAAGCAAACGGACUCGGAGCUCCUAGACCAGAACAAGAAAGAGAAAGGAAUGGGAGGCAAAGAUGCUAACCUUUCUAAACAAACAACACACACUUUACUCAUAUCUCAACUCAAGAUGAUGCUUUCAAGUCAUAUCAUAUUAUAAUAAUAAGAAGAAGAAGAUGAAAAGAUACCUUAGAAGUGAAGAUUUUGGACAAGUAAUGAUUGGUCUUGCGGCUUUCCGGCUUUUUCUGCUAUGCUCUGGUUUGGUUCAUGUUUAUUAUCUAUAUAUAUAUCAUUAUAUUAAAUUCUUACUAGAGUUAUCUGUUUUGGCCUGAAAAGCCAAUGAUUAAGUUGUUUUUUUUUUUUUGGAGAUGUCAUACUAAAAACACUUUAGCAUACUUUGAUGAAUGCUUGUUUGUUUGUUUAUUCUGUAAGUUGUAAAUAUGGGGAUAUGCACAUUUGAUUUUGUAUUCUCUGCACACACACCAGAUGAGCUUCUCCUCUCUACUACUACUACUCAUAAAAAAAGUGAUAUUAUUACUUAAA